AUGCAGCAGCCUCCAUUUGGUAAUGGCGAAGAGCCUCCGACAAAGUACAUGCCAUUCUUCUUCAACAGAAGCUCGCCCGACCAGGUAAUGGCCGCUUCUGUCAUGGAGAGUUGUCCUGCCAAGGCCGCAUUAUCUGGAGGUGCUGGUUUUGCUCUUGGAGGAGCUUUCGGAAUGUUUAUGUCGAGUGUCGAUUUGGGAAGCACAACAGACGAAUUCUUGAAACUAUCUACAAGGGAACAGCUUAAAUUCACUCUAAGAGAUAUGGGCUCCAGAUCACUUUCUUCUGCAAAGAACUUUGGAAUGGUGGCAUUGCUGUUCUCAAGUUCGGAAUGUGUUAUUGAAACAUAUAGAGCAAAGAAUGACAUGUACAAUGGUAUAUCAGCUGGUUGCAUGACGGGUGGUGCUCUGUCUGCAAGAGCCGGACCAAAAGCCAUGCUGGGAGGUUGUGUGGGCUUUGCUGCCUUCUCUGCUGCUAUCGACUACUACAUGCGGCAUUGGGAAUAG